AAAGAUUUUUCUAGAUGUAAAUAAUGUAUUAAAUUUAAUUUUACUAUGAAGAAUAAUAUCACCAGAAAUAUUGAAAAUAUAUACAUUCAUUUACCUUUUUGCUAAAAAAAAUGCUUUUAUUGUUCAUUCCCAGUUCAUGCAAUUGGAAAAAAUAAGUAAGAUAAUGAACAUUUUGAUAACAUCUAACAAACAUAUCUGAAAUAUAUUAAAUAAGAGAUUGUUUAAACAAACAUUAUGUUGUUUAAACAUCAUAAUCAAAUUUGGUAAAAGAAACCCUUAAAGUCUAUUUAUUUUGGGGGAGGGACUCCUUCUCUCUUCUAGCCUGAAUAUAUUAAAGAGAUUUUAAAUUUAAUUCAAAGCGAAGGGUUUUUCAUUUAAGAUGAUACUGAAAUUACUAUGGAGUGUGAUCCUGGAACAUUUGAUGCUGAAAAAAUUUAAUUUUAUGAAGAGUUAAAAAUAAAUAGAAUAUCAUUAGGAAUUUAAUCAUUUAAUGACAAAAUACUAUAAAACUUAAAUAGGCCUUAAAAUGCUUAGACUAACUAUGAAGCAAUUUAGAUACUAAAAAAUUCUGCUAAAUUUAAAUAUCUUAGCAAUGUUUCAAUUGAUUUGAUAAUGAAUUAACCUUAAAUGACUUGCUCUAAAGAUAAAAAUAACUUAAGUAUUAAUUUAAAUGAGGUAGAUUAAAUUUGGGAUUAAGAUUUAGAAUAAGUAGUUUAAUUAAAACCAGGACAUAUUUCCAUAUAUUCAUUAGCAAUUGAACCUGGAUCUUAUUUUUAUGAAAAAAAUAAUUUUAGAGAAGGUCAAUUUCCUCUUCCUUCUGAUGAAAGAGCAGCAGAUAACUUUAUUAAAACUCAUUAAAAACUUUCUCCAAUAUAUAACCAUUAUGAAAUUUCUAGUUAUGUAAGGAGUGAUCUUAAUUAACCUAAGCAUAAUCCUAUUUACUGGGAAGGAAAUAAAGAUUUCUUGGCUUUUGGAAUGGGUGCAAGCAGCUUGCUAAAUUAUAGAAGAUAUACCAGACCUAAAACAGUUACUAGAUAUUAUGAAUAUGUAGAAUAAUUAAAUAAAAAUCCUAAUUUUUAUUUAGAAAAUGGCGAAGAUGAAAGUGACAUUCAGUCUUAAAUUGAAUCUAUUUUAAUGGGCAGGCUAAGAACUUUCCAAGGUCUUGAUUUGUUAGAUAUUAAAAACUCUUAUGGCGAAGAUAUAUACAAUAUAAUUUGCAACAAAAUUGAAAUGCUUCUUUUAAAAAGCCCUUAUUUAAUUUUUUAGAACUAAAGAUACCUAAAAUUAAAAUGUCCAGAAGGAUAUUUAGUGUGUGAUGACAUAGUUGCUGAGAUCAGCUACCAUCUUUAAAAAAAAAUAUUUAGAAAUAAAAAUAAGUGAAAUUAAAAUGUUUCAAUAUAUAAUUUCAAUAAUUAGAGUUUUCUCUCUUCACAAAUUUUUUAUCAUAAUUUAUAAUAUUUAUUUUGUUAGUCAUAUUAGAAUCUAAAGUUUAUUU